UACUUUUUGGUUGUUUCUCACGGUCGAGGCGCACCUGACUAAAAAUAGACCAAACACCCAUGAUGUCUUAGUGAGGCUAGCAAAAACGCGUGGUAUUUUUGUUUGUGUUUGAAGAGUUCCACAACCAACCGGCAUCCCCUCAUUUGAAUGCCCAGUUCCAUCUGUACGGACGAGCCAGGAGGAACGGACCAUCGGUUCCCGAUCGGUCAUAAACGGUGCAGACGAAAGACUGUCCAUUCCAUUCACGAACCCCGCGGCAGCAACAGUAUCUCUGAGCCACUGUGACAUUUCUUUUGCGUUUCAUCGUACCUCCGUUUUCGAUCAAACGAUUUUCUGGUGCUAUUUUUGUUGUCUUCGUCCCCUCGUGCGUGUGUACCCUGCUUCCAUUUUCCCCUGUCUAAUUAGACAUCACAUCUAGCACUAGGUAAGAGGCGCCAUCUUUCAUCAGGUACCGGACCACAGCUACGAGUCAGAGAUUGCCUUCCGCUAUGCGAUCGAGCGCGUUAAUAUGCACGAGAAGCAUUUCGAGCUCGUCCCGAUCGUACGCUACGUUUCGCCCGAGGACAGCUUCAAGACGGAGCGUAAAGUGUGCGAGCUGGCGGCGGAAGGUGUUACGGCCGUGUUUGGACCAUCGUCCAUACUGACGUCCGGCAUAGUUGGUUCCAUCUGCAAAACGUUAGAGAUUCCGCACAUCAUCACCCACUGGGAUCCGGAACCGCUCGGUGGGAUCGAUCCGGAGCUGCAGGCAAUGACGAUCAACCUCUACCCCGAAGCGGACGUUCUGUCAAGGGCGCUGGCGGACCUGAUCGUGGACUACAGCUGGAAGAGCUUCACCAUUAUUUACGACUCGGACGAAGGUUUGAUGCGGUUGAAGGACAUCCUGCAGAUACACGGACCGAGCGAUGCACCCAUCACCGUGCGCCAGAUCGAUGACGAUCCCGACUAUAGGCCACUGCUGAAAGACAUACAAUCGUCCGGUGAGUCGCACAUCAUACUCGAGAUACGGCCCGACCGCAUACUGGAGCUUCUCCGGCAGGCGAAAGAGGUGAAGAUGUUGGAAGAGUAUCAGAGCUACAUCAUUACCUCACUCGAUGCGCACACGAUCGACUUCGAAGAGUUACGAUAUUCGCGCUCCAACAUUACCGCACUCCGGCUAAUGGACACGAAAAGCUUCGACAUCAAGAACGCUGUGCACGACUGGGAGCAAGGUGAGGCCCGCAUGAAACGACAGUUCCGCGUAUCGCCCGAGCAUGUGCACACCGAGUCCGCACUGUACAACGAUGCGGUCAAAAUCUACGCCACCGCAAUCCGUGAGCUAGACGCGACGGAAGAGAUCACACCGUCACGGCUAUCCUGCGGCAGCAAAAACCUCCGCCAAUGGCCAUUUGGCCUACGCAUCAUUAACUACAUGAAGGUGAAAACGGAGCAUGGCAUUACGGGUCCGAUCAUUUUCGACGAUUUCGGGCGGCGCGCUCACUUCCAUCUGGACAUCAUAGAGCUGAGCAAGGACGAGGGUUUCAAAAAGAUUGCCACGUGGGAUCCGACGCACGGCGUUAACUAUACGCGCAGCCAGGGUGAGGUUUAUUCGCAGAUCGUUGAAUCACUGCAGAACAAAACUUUCAUCGUGGCGUCCCGUAUCGGUGCUCCGUUUCUCAUGUUCAAGGAGAAAAAGGAUGGAGAGUUUCUAGAGGGAAACAAUCGGUUUGAAGGUUACUCACUGGAGCUGAUUGAUGGCAUAUCGAAGAUUCUCGGAUUCCAGUACAGGAUGGAGCUGGUGCCGGAUGGCAAGUAUGGAUCCUACAACAAGGUCACCAAAAAGUGGGAUGGUCUCGUGAAGCAUCUGCUGGAUCGUAAGGCGGAUCUAGCAGUUUGCGACUUGACAAUCACGUACGAACGCAGAACAGCGGUGGACUUUACCAUGCCCUUCAUGACUCUAGGCAUCAGUAUACUGUACGCCAAACCCGUCCAACAGCCAAAGGAUCUGUUCUCCUUCCUGUCUCCCCUAUCCCUGGACGUCUGGAUCUACAUGGCCACUGCUUAUCUCGGUGUUUCGGUGCUGCUGUUCGUACUCUCGCGCAUGGCACCAGCCGACUGGGAAAAUCCGCAUCCCUGCAAGCAAGAUAACGACGAGGUGGAAAACAUCUGGGACAUGUUCAACGCACUCUGGCUGACGAUGGGCUCCAUCAUGGGGCAGGGUUGUGACAUCCUGCCGAAAGCGAUCUCGACCCGUCUCGUAGCGGGUAUGUGGUGGUUCUUCGCACUGAUCAUGCUGUCGUCCUACACCGCUAACCUGGCCGCUUUCCUCACAAUGGAGCGUAUGGAUGCGACGAUCGAGUCGGCCGAAGAUUUGGCGAAGCAGAGCAAAAUAAAGUACGGUGUCGUGAUGGGUGGUAGUACGAUGGCUUUCUUCCAGACGUCUAACUUCUCCACCUACCAGCGCAUGUGGGCUUCAAUGGAGUCGGCACGCCCGUCGGUCUUUACCAAGAGUAACGAUGAGGGACGCGAUCGCGUCAUCAAGGGUAAGCGCAUGUAUGCGUUCUUGAUGGAGUCGACGUCGCUCGAGUACAUCACCGAGCGGUACUGCGAUCUUACACAGAUUGGUGGCUUACUCGACUCGAAGGGGUACGGGAUUGCGAUGCCCGUCAACUCACCAUACCGUACCGCGAUCAGUGGCGCGGUACUGAAGAUGCAGGAGGAAGGUAAGCUCUACCAGCUCAAGACACGCUGGUGGAAGGAAAUGCGCGGUGGUGGACAGUGUACCGAGGCACCCAACUCGUCACAAGAAAACGAGCUCGGCAUCGGUAACGUGGGCGGUGUGUUUGUUGUCCUAGCGCUUGGAUGUCUGUGCGCAUUUAUCAUAGGCAUCCUGGAGUUCCUGUGGAACGUGCGUAAGGUGGCAGUAGAGGAGAAGGUGACGCCCUGGGAUGCGCUUAAGGCGGAGCUCAAGUUUGCGCUCAGCAUCUCCGUUACGUCCAAGCCGGUGCACAACACGCUCAGCGAAUCGACGGCCAGCGGGAAGAGUUCGUUACGCUCCAAAUCGGAGUCGAGGCGUGGUUCGGAGUCGGUUGGACGUGCCAACAACAACGUGCGCACAGCGGCUAGCCUUAGCAAUAUCGACAAGAUAGGGUUCGUGUAUGACAAAAAUUAGUGUGCUUGGAACCUACCAAGAAUAGAUGUAGCGCACGUUACAUUGCCAAUAAAAUGCUCAGCGAUCAGUAGUAAGUUAGCUAUCUAUCAGAAUAUAAAUCAGUCAUUAAAUUUGUUUUAAAGAUUCGGAAACA